AAUUUUUUCAACCAAAUUUCGGUGCACCCCAUAUGAAAAUCUCUAGGUAUGAUAAAACAGAUGAUACCGUAAAAAGAAUAAAAAAAGUUUUCCAAAUUAGGAGGGGUGCGUGAUGAGAAACACUCGACAUAAACCAAUUUUGCUAUACGAAAGAUUUUUUCGGCCACUCUAUACGAGUAAUUCUUUCAUCAAGUUCCAUUCAACAUUGACCUUCAGAGCGCAAUCCAAUUAGGGUGUCCUUUCUGAGAGCUUAUAAAAGGAGGAUGAUCGUGGAAACGUGAUGAAAUUGCUGCAGGUAUGCAGACCAAGGUGGAAAUCCCUGAAAGUGCUUUUCUCGCGACAUCAAGUGUGCCGGGGGAUAGUAGUCCGGUUUUCACUUGGUCGCCCUUACCCCCCAGACGACAGCUCAGUUUUACCAAAAAGCAAAAGUUACCCCAUAGAGUUUCCGAGAAGGAACUCUAUCCCAACUGCGAUGUAAAUGUUUGGUUGAGGUCUUGUGAAGAAGAAAUCAUUGAACCAUUAGAAGGAUGCGUGAAAGGAACUAUACCGCCUUGGCUGCAAGGGUGCCUAUUGCGAAAUGGACCAGGAUCGCUCAAAGUUGGACAUGAAUAUUUUCAACAUUUAUUUGAUAGUUCUGCUUUGAUUCACAGAUUCAACAUCGCCGAUGGAAAGGUGACCUAUCAAUGUAGGUUCUUGAAGUCGGACGUAUACAAGAGAAACUGGGAGGCCAAAAGGAUUGUGGUCACAGAAUUUGGGACGAAAGCCGUUCCAGAUCCGUGCCAUUCGAUUUUUGAUAGGGUGGCUGCAAUUUUCAAUCCGUCCCUGGCUCAAUCGGACAACUCUAUGAUAUCUCUUUACCCGUUUGGGGAUCAAAUAUAUGCAUUUGGUGAAAUUCCCAUAAUACAUAAAAUUAAUAGUGAAACUCUGGAGACAGAAAAACGAGUAGAUAUCAGCCAAUAUAUAUCUAUUGUUCAUCACACGUCGCAUCCACAUGUUCUGCGAAACGGAGAUGUUUACAAUUUGGCCAUGUCAAUGAGCACAAAAGGGCCCGUUUUCAACAUUGUGAGGUUUCCUCAUUCCGUCCCUGAAUAUCACGAGGCAACAUUUGAGAAAGCCAACAUUGUAGCUAGUAUUCCUUCAAGAUGGCCGUUUCAUCCAUCGUAUAUGCACACUUUUGGUAUAACUGACAAUUAUUUUAUCAUUGUCGAACAACCUCUAAACGUGGCUGCUGCAGCUGUCAUAGCGAACAAACUGACGAACGAAUCGCUAGCUGGUUGUUUCAGAUGGUUUCCCGAAGAAUAUACUCAAAUCAAUGUCAUCUCUAGAAAGACGGGUACGUUAUGCCGAAAGUUCUACGCAGAAUCUUUCUUCUACUUGCACAUCAUCAAUCAGUACGAAGAUUGUGGUCAUGUUGUGGUAGAUAUUUGCAUUUAUCGAGAUCCUUCGAUGCUCGACUGUAUGUACGUGGAAACUAUGAAGUCCAUGCAUCACAAUCCCGAUUACGCAAAAAUGUUCAGGGGAAGGCCAGCUAGGUACGUAUUGCCGAUGCAUGAAGACGAGAACAAAGAUUCUAGUUUGAACAUCGUGAAAUUGGAGAAUACAAAAGCAAAAGCGUUCUAUACGAGCAAAGGGGACAUUUUAGUUACUCCAGAACGUUUAUGUAAUGUCGGAUGUGAAACACCGAGGAUCAAUUAUGAGAAUUUUUUAGGAAAAUCAUAUCGCUUUUUCUACGCCAUCAGUUCCGACGUUGAUGCCGAGAAUCCAGGAACGAUAAUAAAAGUUGAUAUCCACAACAAAACGACAAAGAAAUGGUUUGAAUCGAACUGUUAUCCAAGUGAACCCAUAUUUAUCCCUUCUCCAGAAGCAAAGUUUGAAGACGACGGUGUUGUGCUUUCGGCCAUGGUAUGGGGCGGAGAUGACGAAAACCACGCAGGUAUCAUCAUUCUAGACGCCAGAACAUUCACAGAGAUCGCAAGAGCUGAAUUUCAUACCCCAAGUCCUGUACCGAAAUGUCUACAUGGGUGGUUCCUCCCCAAGAAAGACGUUUAAACCAAAUAAAUCGACUCAAUCAAAUAUUUGACGUUUACAGUUUAAACAGAAACAUUUACUGUUAGUAUACUCUAACAUACGUCAGAUAAUGAACAAUUACAUGUAUAUAUCGAAUAAAUAUUUGGUAUUUCAA